UCCUAGACCGUUCAAAGGAAGAGUUUGGAACAGUCUCUAAUACAUCAUAAACUAUGUUAGAUUGUCUUAUCGUUCUGCAACAAAUAGAGAAUUCGUCUGUAAGACUUAUUUGUACUAUUUAUGCAAAUUUGCAUGUCUAACUUCGGAUACUCUUCGCAUCUUUCAAUAGUGACAUUUAUGUUGAGCUACGGAGUGCAGCAUUACCCCGCUAGGAAUCUUGCUUUUACUCGGUCUGUGAAGUCACUGGCAGACAAGUGGAUUGUACCUGGGAUGCAACGAGUAAAUACUCCGAUUGGAGUUUUUGACCUAUAAAAGCUGGUGUUUCUCCAGAAAAUUUUCUUCGCACACUUUUCUUAAUUUCUCACAAUUGAAGAUGUCGACAAGAAGUAUCUUCGGCGUUCUCGCUACCUUGUUAGCUUCCAGAGUGGAUGCUGUCAACAAUGGUCUAGCUAGAACCCCCCAAAUGGGAUGGGACAAUUGGAAUGCCCUGGGUUGUGACGUGUCUGAGGAGCUUCUUCUCCAAACGGCCGAUUUGAUUGUUGACUAUGGUCUUAAAGAUCUAGGAUAUCAAUAUGUUAUUCUCGAUGAUUGUUGGAGUAACGGGCGGAACGCUAGCGACAACAACACUCUCGUCGCCAAUGCAGAUAAAUUUCCGCAAGGAAUGAAGGCUGUAGCAGAUGCAAUUCAUGACCUUGGUUUGAAAUUUGGCAUGUACUCAGAUGCUGGCGAAUACACCUGUGGCGGAUACGCUGGAAGUCUAGGAUAUGAAACUGUCGAUGCGAAUUAUUUUGCUUCGGUGGGAGUUGAUUAUUUGAAAUAUGAUAAUUGUUACAACACUGGACAAGCAGGAACUCAAUAUUUGAGUUCUCAAAGAUAUCAGGUGAUGGCGAAAGCACUUAAUGCUACUGGACGACCUAUUCUUUACUCCCUUUGUAACUGGGGAGAAGACUCUCCAUGGAAUUGGGGAUCAACUACAGCAAACAGUUGGAGAAUCUCCGGUGAUGUGUAUGAUUCAUGGGAUAGAGCAGACGCAAGAUGUCCAUGCGAUGGCCCUGAUGCAUUUAACUGCGUAUUACCCGGCUUUCAUUGCUCGAUUGUCAAUAUCAUGAACAAAGCUUCUUUCAUCGUAUCAAAGGCACAACCAGGUGCCUGGAACGAUUUAGAUAUGUUGGAGGUUGGCAAUGGAGGAAUGACCGAUUCCGAAUAUGUAGCUCACUUUAGCAUGUGGGCGAUCGCAAAAAGUCCCCUCAUUCUCGGCAACGACCUCCGCAAGAUCCAACCCGCCGAUCUAGCAAUCAUCUCCAACCCAGCCGUUAUCGCUGUGAACCAAGAUCCGCUAGGUAGUAGCGCCGCUCGUCGCUGGAUGUACUCUACUGAUGCUACUGACGAGAACGGCGUUGCCACAAUCCAAAUGUGGUCUGGCGCUCUCCAAGCCACCACCAAUAGCACGACCAGUGACUAUGUUCUUCUCCUAAUUAAUGGUGGCAAUGAAACUCUUACCAUGAACGCUACAUUGGCCGAUAUCUUCAUUGAUUACGGAACUGGAGGCACAGCUAAACAAGUCUCUAUGGAGUGGGAAUUACGCGAUCUCUGGGCAAAUCGCAUGGAUGAUGCUACUGCUAAAGCGAUUAUUGACGCAAGUACCGCGACUGGAAAUGCGACGACGGGUUAUAACGCUACGACGGUUGGGGAGGAAAGAUAUAAUGCGACGGAAAUGAGUUAUGAAGAUGGCUUGGCGGCGGGGAGAAGUGAGUUGUUGGGGAAUUUGACGGGGACGGUUAAACCCAGCGGAACAGUGAUUGCAGAUGUGGAAGCGCAUGGGGUGAAGAUGUUUAGAAUGAGACCGGUGGAAACUGGUUUGAGGAAAAGGGACGAAUUGUAGUUGAGGGUUCCGAGUUUUGUAAUGUAGAUAAGGUGAAGAUAAAUAUUUUGGAAUUGUUGUAGGUGUUAAAAUUUACAUAAAAUCACGUAAUAAUG